UUGGUAAGUGUGUAAUGAAGCAAUGCAAAGAACAAGAUAGAAUAGAGUCAAAGCCGUGCUUUCCUGACUGCAGUGCUUCCCAAACUUGUAAUCGAUGAUGGUGGAAAAGCUGAAGGUGUUUGCGGAUCGAAUGUCCCAGCCUUCUCGAGCAGUUCUCAUAUUCUGCAGGUUGAACGGAAUUGACUUCGAGGAGAUCAAAGUAGACAUUUCCAAAGGCCACCACCUCUCUUCUCAAUUCAGAGAAGUAAACCCUCUGCAGAAAGUUCCGGCUAUUGUUCAUGGAAGUUUCAACCUUUCCGAGAGCCAUGCAAUCAUUGUCUAUCUUAAUUCUGCUUUUCCUGGAAUUGCUGACCAUUGGUACCCAAGCGAUAUUUUCAGGAGAGCAAAAAUCAACUCGGUAAUGGAUUGGCAUCACUCUAAUUUACGACAUGGAACAGUGAACUACGUAGUAAAUACUGUACUAGGACCAGCAACUGGCCGUCCACUUAAUCCAAAAGCNGCCGCUGAAGCAGAGAAAGUGCUAUUUUCUUCUUUAUCAAAGCUAGAGGAUAUUUGGCUCAAAGGAGAUGGACGCUUCCUUCUUGGUGGCUCUCAGCCAUCUAUAGCAGAUCUCAGCAUGGUUUGUGAACUUAUGCAACUUGAGGUUUUGGAUGAGAAGAAUCGCAGUCGUAUAUUAUCCCCAUACAAGAAAGUUCUUCAGUGGAUUGAUGAUACAAGAGCUGCAACAAAUCCUCACUUUGAAGAAGUGCAUAAUAUCCUUUAUAGAGCUAAAAAGAAAUUUGAACAGCAGCGUUCAAGGGUAGUUGAAACUUGGACUGAGCCGAACGACAAGAUAGGUGGACAUUCAAAGAUGUGACAGACAUGCCUUCAUCUUUGCUUCAAGACUGACAACACAGUCAUACAUAGCCUUUUUUCUUUCAACAGACUUGAGCCUUGAGUGUCAAGCUUUUCUUUGUUGGCUUGAAGAAAUUUACAUCUUCCUACAAAGACACCAUAUUAGUCGAGUAAUGUUGUACACCUUGACUGCAUAUCCUNGUUCUAUUUUAACUCUUAACCAAAUUAGUCAAUAAUUCUGUAUGUUCAUUUUUUAAGGUUGUUGUGCUUUUAUUUAGUGGUCUGCUAUUCACAUAUAAAAUAAAAGAACAAACUGCUAUUUUGUU